UGUGUGUUCACAUUCAGCCAGGAAGAGCCGCACACAGAGAAUCACACACACGAAUAGCAGCAGUGAAUGGAGCCUGACGGACAGACGGCUGGAUAUCGAUGAUAAACGCGUCUUAACCGCGACGGACUGAGAGUCGGGGGGUUUCUCUUUUGAAUGGUUCGUCAGUAGCGCAAGGGAGAUCAAGACUGCUCAGAGAGAUGGCACAGAAAGCAGACUCGUCCUCCAGACAGUAACAGACAGACACACCUGAGCCCCACCCUGAACACAACACUGGGCUGGACUCCAGAUCAUAUGUUGGCAGGAUUGAAGUGUGUGAGAGGUUGUCACGUCAAACGCUAACGCACACACACAACCUUAUAUAACGGAGGAAGCUCUCCUGCAUCAGAAGUGUCUUCCGUCCUCGCCCCCGUCCAGCCUGAGUGGUGGUGUUGUUGAGACAGCGGGCACUGCCAUGUCCCAGGCGUGAGUGCGCGUCUCCUGGCAGACUCAGGCCUGGUGGCUGCGGGAGGUGAUGAAGCUGAAGCAGCGUGUGGUGGUGCUGUGUGCUGUGCUCUUUCUCCUCGGCCUGGCCAAGGUCUUCCUGCUGGAUGGAGGAGAGGGAUCGGCCGCCAGCCGCCGGGACCUCCGGGCCUUCCGCAAGAUGGAGGCCAGCCUGACCCUGGCCAAAGGAGCUCGCCUCACACACACCUUGCAGUCGCCCUGGGAAGUGGCCGCCCAGUGGGUGGGUCCGCGGGAGGUGUUCCCGGACGAGACGCCCGAGCUCGCCGCUGUGCUGAACGCCCUGGCCACCGCUCGCGUGGAGAGGGCGGAUGUGGGCUAUAAAGGCACCCAGCUGAAAGCCCUGCUGGUGCUCGACGGAGGACAGAAAGUGGUAUUCAAACCCAAGAGGUACACUAGAGAUUAUGUGGUCGAGGGAGAGCCGUAUGCAGGGUACGAUCGGCAUAAUGCAGAAAUUGCUGCUUUCCACUUGGACAGGAUCCUGGGUUUUAGGAGAGCGCCGCUGGUGGUGGGGAGGUUUAUGAAUCUGCGUACAGAGAUAAAGCCAGUAGCUACAGAUCAACUGCUGAGCACUUUCCUGAUGCACGGAAAUAAUACAUGUUUCUAUGGGAAGUGUUAUUACUGUCGUGAGACUGAGCCUGCGUGUGCAGAAGGGGAUGUGAUGGAGGGAUCGGUUACCCUGUGGCUUCCUGACGUCUGGCCCUUACAGAAACACAGACACCCGUGGGGACGCACAUAUCGAGAGGGAAAACUCGCCAGGUGGGAGUAUGAUGAGAGCUACUGUGAGGCAGUGAAGAAAAUGCCCCCUUAUGAUGCUGGUCCACGGCUCCUGGAUGUUAUCGACACAGCCAUCUUUGAUUACCUUAUUGGUAAUGCUGACCGCCAUCACUAUGAGAGUUUCCAAGAUGAUGGAGGAGCCAGUAUGCUCAUACUUCUGGACAAUGCCAAAAGUUUUGGGAACCCAGCUCUGGACGAGAGGAGUAUUCUCGCCCCUCUUUAUCAGUGCUGCAUGGUCCGCGUUUCCACCUGGAAUAGGCUGAACCUGCUGAAAGGUGGAGUGUUGAGUUCAGCAAUGACACAGGCUACGGCCCACGAUCCCGCCUUUCCGGUGCUGACAGGGCCCCAUCUCAGCGCGCUCGACCGCCGUCUCAACGGAGUGCUGGCCACCGUGCGGCAGUGCAUGGAGACGCAGGGUGCGGACAACACCCUGAUCGAGGACCGCAUGAACCUGCCUCAUCCUUAAACACACUGGAGAAGCAAGGGAAGUGAAAAUGGGUUUGACUCUUGAUGCACAGGCUCCUUUCGCCUUCCUGCUACGAAGCCGGAGACCCGAAGGACACAAGAAACCUUAGGAGCCGACCUGGGGGAGUUUGUUUCACUGGAUUCAUUCAAGACCGACCACGGAGGCCAAGACGACUCUGUGAAGAGUCACUCUUAAGUGAAGAGGCCUUGGCAACAUGUAGGUGGAAUAUACUACUCCUGUUUCCUGUGACUGCUUUUCUUUAGAGUUCACCCUGUCUUUUUUUCUUUUGGCCAUCCAAGUCCAUUUGCAGGAAGAUGAUGACUAAUGAUUUUACGAAUAUGGAACUUGGAAUGAGAUAUUUGGCCUAAUUAGACUCCAGAAGCUGGAAGU